AUUUCCUCUGCUGGUGGCGGCGUAAUGGAGGAGGUGGCCCUCGUCAAUUGUCCCCCGCCUUCCGCGGCGGCGAUUCUUCACAACUACAACAACAACGUCCACCGGGUCGAUUCGGAUUUGGUGACCUUAAAGAUUAACCUCUUGGCUCUUGGGUGAUAGCCAGAUUGGGAAAACAAGCUUUUUGGCCAAGUAAGUCGGCGACGAGACGGAUGAAGGAGUGAGAAUCGAAGGAUCAGGAGAUGGGAUUCAUUUGAUGGGCAAAAUAUUGCAAGUCGGUGGCGCUCGGAUUUCCUACCGU